AUGGCAUUUGCGCCUCCCAAAAAUUCGGAUGGCUCCAAGCUCCAGCUGAGCACGUGGACUCCCCUGAACCACCAGCUCAUGAACGACAAGGUAUUUGAAGAAAGAAGAGCCCUGCUUGGGAAAUGGUUUGACAAGUGGACAGAUGGCCAGAGGAGGAGGAUCCUGGUGGACCUGCUGGAACGCUGCUCCCUGUCCCAGCAGAAAUUCUGUGCCAAGCAGCUCGAGGCCCGAGUCCCCACCGAGGCCGUCGAUUUUACCACCAGGCUCCCUCGAGUCCUGUCCUUGUACAUCUUUUCCUUCCUGGACCCACGGAGCCUCUGCCGAUGUGCACAGGUGAGCUGGCACUGGAAGUACCUGUCGGAGCUGGAUCAGCUGUGGAUGCUGAAGUGCCUGCGUUUCGGGUGGUUCAUCAGCUUCUGCCCCACGCCCUUCGAGCAGGGCGUCUGGAAAAAACACUACAUCGAGAUGGUGAGGGAGCUGCGUGUCUCCAGGCCCAAGACUCCUUCCAAGGACGAGUUCAUCGUUAUCGAUGUGCAACCGGUAAAAAGCAACAUCCCAGAGAGGAAACUUUCCGUGGCAGGACGGGGGACAGCCAGGGGGAAAAAAGCUCUCCCUCCUUGGCGCUCAUCCGACAGGAACCCCACAGACACCAUCCGCUACAACUACCUGGACAACUACGACCCCAUCGAGCAGGCCAGGCAGGCCAGGAGGAAGGGAGGAGGGCACACCCCGGACCUGAGCCGGCAGGCGGCUGAGAGGAAGAGGAGAGGAGGUCGUGGAUCCGCUCAGCUCCGGAAGGUGAAAUCCCUGUUAUCCCUUCCUGCAGAUCUCCAGCCUGUCCCCAAGCCCCCAGCCCGUCCCACCUGGGCCGCACCUGAGCUCACCGGGACCCUUCCCGCCAAGGCGCUGGCCCGGAGCUCCCGCUGGAACGCCGGGAUCCGCCCGGGACCUGUCCGAGCUCCAGCACCGCGGCCGAGAGGAACCAGAGAUGUCACCAGGGGGGACACCAGGUCUUCGUCCCCUCCUCUGUUUGAGGCUCAGCCCUGGCACAUUCCUUCAUCCAACCAAGGAUCCGACACGGAAUAA